GGCAGGUCACGUGGUGUGUGUAGUCAAGAUGGCGGCGGCCAAGAGAAAACGUGGAGGUGCAGAAGCGACACCGAAAAAGAAAGUUAAGUUUGUAGAAAAUGGAGAAAAAGAGAAAAAUGUUCAGACGGAAGAGGAGAUCGCGGUUCCGCCUCCGGUUUCUCUGGGAAAGUGGAGAAACAAGGAACGGGUUUUAGUUUUCUCUUCUCGUGGGAUCAACUUCAGAACGCGGCACCUGAUGCAAGAUCUCAAGACCAUGAUGCCUCACUCGAAAGCAGACACCAAAAUGGACAGAAAAGACAAACUGUUUGUUGUGAAUGAGGUGUGUGAGAUCAAAAACUGCAAUAAGUGCUUAUUCUUUGAAGCGAAGAAGAAAAAGGAUCUUUACAUGUGGAUCUCGAAUGUUCCUCAGGGACCUUCAGCCAAGUUCCUGGUUCAGAACCUCCACACCCUCGCGGAGCUGAAAAUGACAGGAAAUUGCCUCAAAGGAUCCCGACCCCUGCUCUCGUUCGAUCCUAAAUUCGAUAAGGAGCCUCACUACGCCCUCCUGAAGGAGCUGUUCAUUCAGACUUUCUCAACGCCGCAGUACCAUCCCCGGAGCCAGCCGUUUGUGGAUCACGUCUUCACCUUCACCAUCGCCGACAGCAGAAUAUGGUUCAGAAAUUAUCAGAUUAUCGAAGAAGACGCAUCUCUCGUAGAAAUCGGACCUCGCUUCGUCCUCAAUUUGAUUAAAAUCUUCCAGGGCAGCUUCGGUGGACCGACGCUUUAUGAAAACCCUCAUUUCCAGUCACCCAACGCGAUUCGGCGCAUGGUGCGGCUCAGUAUGUCCGCUAAACAGAAAGAGAAGCAGAUGGUGAAGCAGAUCCUUCUGGAAAAGAGGAACGAGCCCAAAGAAGUGAUGACGAAUGAUGUGACAGAUGACGUGUUCAUCACGCCGGCGGAGGAGAAACCAGUGACGGUGGAGCUCGAGGCUCCGGAGCCACAACUGAACAAGAAGAAGAAGAAGAAGCUGACCGAGCUGAAGAAGAGGACGCUGCUGAAACGCAAAGGCCUCCGAUGAAGAGCUUGCACUGCGUCACCUUUUCCCUCGUCCUCUCAUUUAAAUUUUUUUUCCCCCAGCCCUGAAGUGUCAGCUCUACAGAAAGAGGCUGUGAAUUACUUUUAGGGCGUGUCUCAAAAGUGUUCUUCUCUAAGGACCACCACCAUCUUUAUAUCUCUGAAUACAUACUGCCGUUUUAAUUGUACAUUUUAUUUGUUGCAUUUGUUACAACAUUAAACCGUUAGUAUGAACACCU